ACUAGGUCACUUAGGCUAUAUAUAUAUAAUGUAUAAUCUGGACGUAAAUGUAAAGCAUAGGCAACAUCUAUCCAGGUCUCCCCUCUUUUCCACAAAAACAUAGCUUUGUUAUAACAUGAGUACAUUUUCAUGUUCCUUGGCCAAGUCAAGGCCAAGGAUGGUGCUAUUCCUGACGCUUUGGUGCAGCGUUACAUUGUCGAUGAUGGUGGGAUGGUCGGAAGCAAAGGCAAGGCAUUUGAAAUGGGAUGUAGAGUACAUGUAUUGGUCACCGGAUUGCGAAGAGAGGGUGGUAAUGGGAAUCAACGGCCAGUUCCCUGGCCCGACCAUACGUGCUCAUGUUGGCGACAUCAUUCAUGUUGACCUUACUAAUAAGCUCGGCACUGAAGGAGUCGUAAUUCACUGGCAUGGUAUUAGACAGCUUGGAACACCAUGGGCAGAUGGGACUGCGUCAAUAUCUCAAUGUCCAAUUAAUCCUGGACAAACUUUUACUUACAGAUUCGUAGUUGACAAGGCGGGAACGUAUUUUUACCACGGACACUAUGGUAUGCAACGAUCAGCAGGAUUAUAUGGAUCACUAAUAGUAGAUGUACCAGAAGGAGAACACGAGCCAUUUCAUUACGAUGGGGAAUUCAAUUUGUUAUUUAGUGAUUGGUGGCACCAAAGUGUACAUGAGCAAGAAGUUGGCCUGCAUUCCAAGCCACUACGAUGGAUUGGUGAACCUCAGACUCUUCUGAUGAAUGGAAGAGGGCAAUACAAUUGUUCCCUACUGCCAAAUUUUGGUAACUCGUCAUCAACGCAAUGCAAAUUCAAAGGAAAUGAGCAAUGUGCACCACAAGUUCUUCGUGUGCUUCCAAACAAGACUUAUAGACUUAGACUCGCAAGUACAACCGCUCUUGCUUCCCUUAACAUUGCAAUCGGGAAGCAUAAGAUGAUUGUAGUGGAAGCAGAUGGAAACUACGUACAACCAUUUGCAGUAGAAGACCUAGACAUUUACUCAGGAGAAAGCUACUCAGUAGUGAUAAAAACAGAUCAAAAUCCCAAUCAAAAUUAUUGGAUUUCAGUUGGUGUAAGAGGGCGUCAACCUAAGACACCACCAGCAUUAACAAUACUUAAUUACAAGAAAAUUCCGUCUUCAAAACUCCCAUCAAUUUCACCCCCAAUUACACCUGCAUGGAAUGAUUAUAACCACAGUAAAUCCUUCACUAAGAGCAUAUUUUCCCUAAUGGGAUCCCCUACACCACCGGCCUCGUACGACCGUCGUCUCCUCUUCCUCAACACUCAGAACAGGAUUGAUGGCUACAUAAAAUGGUCCAUCAAUAAUGUUUCCUUUGUUUUCCCACCAACCCCGUAUUUGGGGUCGGUCAAGUUCGGGUUAAAGAACGUUUUUGAUCAAAGCAGCCCACCUGAGGAUUUCCCUGCGUCGUAUGAUAUAAUGAGUCCACCAGCUAACCCUAAUAGUAACACGGGUAACGGGGUCUAUAAGAUUGAUUACAACACUACCGUUGAUAUAAUUUUGCAAAAUGCUAACGCAUUAGCGGCAAAUACGAGUGAAAUUCAUCCUUGGCAUUUGCAUGGGCAUGAUUUUUGGGUGUUGGGUUAUGGUGAAGGGAAGUUUACAAAGGGAGAUGAGGCUAACUUCAACUUGAAGAACCCGCCACUGCGAAACACGGUGGUAAUAUUCCCGUACGGUUGGACUGCUUUGCGGUUCGUGGCGGAUAAUCCCGGGGCUUGGCCAUUUCAUUGCCAUAUUGAACCUCACUUACAUAUGGGUAUGGGUGUGGUUUUGUCUUUAGCCGUAGAUAAAGUUAAGGGAAUUCCUACUGAUGCUCUUGCUUGUGGCCAUACCGCUGAUAUGUUUUUGAAGAAGAAAUAUCUACCGUAAUUAAUUCACGAACAAGAUCCAUACAUUUCAGAUCCUUUUUUAUUCACUGGAACUUUAUUUAUUGUUAAUUUUAUUACGUAGUAUUAGCUAGCUAAUGCUUCAGGAUGUAAUAGUAAUGUCAAUGUCCCUUCAAUUUUAGGGGCUCAACUCUCAACAGGAGCCUUCCGAGAAGGGUUAUUUCUCCCUUGUUAUGAAUGUAACUAAUUUCAGGA